AACUACAACUCCCCGAUUCCUUUGCAGAGCUCCUGGGAAGUGUAGAGGGGCAGCAGAGGCUGCUGGGAAGUGUAGAGGGGCAGCAGAGGCUGCUGGGAAGUGUAGAGGGGCAGCAGAGGCUGCUGGGCAGUGUAGAGGGGCAGCAGAGGCUGCUGGGCAGUGUAGAGGGGCAGCAGAGGCUGCUGGGCAGUGUAGAGGGGCAUCAGAGACUGCUGGGCAGUGUAGAGGGGCAUCAGAGGCUGCUGGGCAGUGUAGAGGGGCAUCAGAGGCUGCUGGGCAGUGUAGAGGGGCAUCAGAGGCUGCUGGGCAGUGUAGAGGGGCAUCAGAGGCUGCUGGGCAGUGUAGAGGGGCAUCAGAGGCUGCUGGGCAGUGUAGAGGGGCAUCAGAGGCUGCUGGGCAGUGUAGAGGGGCAUCAGAGGCUGCUGGGCAGUGUAGAGGGGCAGCAGAGGCUGCUGGGCAGUGUAGAGGGGCAGCAGAGGCUGCUGGGCAGUGUAGAGAAGCAUCCGGUUAGCCGGGGCUGCCCAUAGGCUUUGACACUGUUUAGUCCUAUUGUUGUGGGGCUGUGAAUAAUUGAUUUAGCCCUGUGGUUUGAGCAGGAGAAGGUUCAGCGCAUCGAGGCGGCUGGAACACACCGAUGUCAUUAAGAAUACUGAGCCCCGUCUGUCGCCCCUCCGCCAGUCCCACCAAAGCAGCCGCAUCUGAACCCCUAGGCGCCAAGAAUGAAUGUGGAACCCGAACCCCAAGACUGACACUUAUCUCUGUAACAGACCCCAAAUCUUAUCCUGUGGCUUCUCCUCCUGUAUAUGGCUGUAGCCUGUUUGAGUUGUGUUCUCCAUGGUUUCUAUAUAAAAGACAGUGAAAUACCCAACGUCGGCAAUGCCGCGGUCUAAAGUUACAAGGGCGGCUAAGUGUGAAGAUCACAAAAGGAAACCGACAAAAGAAAGUAAAUCCUCAAAGGUGAAAGGGCUACCAGGUUUAAAUCCCGGGGAAAGAAAUCCCGACUCCCAUGUUAGAAGCACAACGCCCGAGGACAAGCAAAUAAGGGACAGUGACAAGUCAGGAAAGAAAGUGAGAGGGGAAAGGUCAGUAGAGCUGAAAAGGAAAGAUGAGAAAGAGAAGACGAUAAGUAAUACAGACAGAGGGAGAUCCCCUGGGAAGCGAAGAACCAGUUCUCAGUGUCGUAAGCGCUCCAGUAGUGCCGCUCGUUCUAGAUCUUCCACAACUAGCAGACAAAGCUCUUCUCUUAUAGAAGGUCCCAGCCCUAAAGCAACAACCAACUCCAGCAAGGAGAGACACACUGACGCCUUACAAGCCAAGGAGAAAGGGCCUCACUUAAAUCCCAAAACAAAACCUUCAUCCAAGACCACGUCUGUCAGUCUAGAACCCAACCAGGAAAAAUGGUCCGCACUCAACUCAGAGUCAGAUCAAGAAAAUGGAUUUAUUAAAUGUAAAGAGGAAACCUCCCCAAGGAUAAAGUUAUCCAGUAAAGGAGAAAAUGGACAAUCUAUUACCCCAAAACAGAGUUUAGCUUCAAAAAGUACUAAAAAGAGGGCAGAUCCUUCCAACAUUCCAGAGACAGGUGUUAUUUGUAAGACCAAGUCAGACAAAAAUAAAGCUAGGGAGAACGUUGCAUCUGAGCCUAGAAGGGACGUUUCCAGUAACAGAAAGAGUAAGGGAGAGGCUCCAGCCAAGAACAAUGAGACUUUCCCCGAGACAAAUAAUGGGGGAGACCAUAAACUGAUACAAAGUGCAGAAGAUGGCCAGUCUGGCAUUAGAACAAAGCAUGAACACUCCUCGUCUGUCACUAAGGGGGUUAAAGCUUUAGCCAACACUAAGAAGAAGAGGGAGGCCUCUCAUGAAACCAAACCUAAAGAGGGAGCAAUAACCAAUACCAGAAAUGAGAACGAUAUACCUAGAAUACACAGAACAGCUCCAAAAAAAGGUGGAGAACCAGCAGCACACACCGUGACCGGAGCAGAACAAAAGAUUAAACCAAAGGUAGAUGCUCAGUUUGAGACCAACAGAAAAAAAGAAGUUCUGUCAUUGACAAAGAAUGAUAAAAAAUCUACCCAUGCCGAUAAUGGUGAUGGUAGUUCAAAAACUUUGCCUUCUUCCAGAAUGAAAGUAGAACAUCCACAUAUGACUAAUAGUGAAGGAACGUCAUCAACAGAUAGUCCUAGGGAAACCAAUGAAAAAAUAGGACAUUCAUCCACAGAUCCAAGAGAAUUUAACAGUGAUUUUGAGCUAAGUGAAGACAAAUCGAGAAGAACACGAUAUUUAAAAAAUAGUUCAUCUCAAGUAACCAAAGGCGUGUCAUCGGUGAGCAAGAAAUCAGACAUUAAGACCAAAAGCCCCAGAAACCUAAAGAAACUAGAAGACUCCACAAAACUGAAAGAGCCACAUUCGACUGGGGAAGGAAAAGCUAGAAAUGUAAAAAACAAAAGAAUAAUUUCAUCUUCAGAUAGAAGCUCCCAUGAGUCAACAGAAGAAGACAAUGUAAGCGAUUCACCAAAUCAACCUGAAGAACAUUCUGAUGAAAAAGAUUCAGAUGAAGAAAGUGAAAAGACCAAAACAGAAGAAGACCAAGGUUCCUCCUCCACCUCCAGUGAUGAAGAAGCAAAUGGAACACAAAAUGCCACAAAUAAACACAAUGGCAGCCAGCAGACAACAGAAAUAAGCAGUGAUAGUGAAGGUGAAAGUUCUACAGGAACAUCUGAUGAGGAACAUUCUAUAAAGGAAGAUGACAUGGAACGCUCCUCUGCAGAGGAAGAAAUCAGUGAAUCUGACAAUAAGAAUGAUGGGAAAGUGGAAGAGGAAACAGAUGAAAGUGAGACUGAUGAUGAGCAAAGUGUAAAGGUGGAAAUAAAGGAAAAUAAUCAGGAAAAAGAUGUCAAGGAAGAACAUAAUGAAACUGCGGAUGAAGGCUCAUCGAGAAGCCAGGAGGACAGUUCAGAGGAAUCACAGACAGAUGAGAACACAAGUGACAACUCUUCAUCAGAAGAAAGAUCCAAAGAAGAAUCAGAAGAAGAAAAGGAAAGCAAAGUUAAUAACCCACCACCAUCUGUGGUGACGGCAGCUAAAAGGCGACCAUUACCAUCUGGUGUCAAAGCUAAACUCCUCCACAUUAGAGCCGAUACAGCUUCUACAGACCUUGCUGAUGGAGUGAAACGUAGAAGAGAUGUUGGGAUGGCUUCUAGAAUACAUAGGAGUCCAGAUUUGCAGUCUCCACCAAGCUUGAAUUCUAGGAGGAAGAGAAGCCAGAAAUCCUCUGUUCGUCUGAAAGAUGAAGAAGUCAAACAAGAGCAAUCAACCAAACCACAACAGCUUCUGACAGCACAGACACAUAUAAUCACCAGCCUGAGGAGGAAGCAGAGAGAAGCCAGAGAAAAGCUGCAAAACGAGAAGAAGGAAGAUUUGCAGUCAAGUUCAUGCGAUGUCCAAUCAGAAGCAGAUAAGUUCCGGCAGGAAGAACUGAAUUCUAAGCAAUCUAGUAUAUCCACAGUAUCUAGUAGUUCUAAGGUUCAGAAGAAAGAAGUGGGCCUGGGGAAAUAUAAAGCAGGACAGAGAGAACAGGAUCAUGAAGAUCAGUUCACAAAUGAGAAACCAAAGGGUCAUGAGGAUCAAUCCACCAAAGAGAUUCCGAAGCCAAAUGAGGAAAGGCCUCCAAGUCUGGACACUACAUUCGAGAAGCGCAAACAUGCCACACCGGCAUGCUCCAUUUCAGCAUUUCGAAAAGUGACUGGGUGGUUGAGGAGGGUCCCACCCAAGAGCUCCAGCCUGAAAAAGCGCUUGGCUAAUGUUGCCCGAGCCAUAGGAAUCUCUGAUUGGUUGUUCAGAACAUUCAGAAGUAGAAAGAAACAGCGCCAAUGUCAACUAAAGAGAAGAGCUGCCAUAAGGAUACUGAGCACCUCCAGACUGGUGAAUCAGAUUAACCAAGCUACCACCGCUGUGACUAAUUUACAAACUGGGGCUGGAGUGGGUGGAGACCAUUCCGAUCCUAAAAUCUUAAAAAACAGUGUGACCAACAGUGAUACAGAUCAGCCUAAGCCUGACUCUCAGGCUCAAAAUUUGAAGGCAAUACCAGAACACACCGAGGUGGAAGAAACCACAGGCACGGGGGAUGCAAAAUAUGCCAUAGUUUUCCCAAGAAUCCAUCACUUGGCCAAAACCAUCAAAAUUUCUCCUACAGCACUGCAGAAUGCACAAAGAUCUGCCCAAAGAGUGGUUGUGUCUGUAACCCCAGCCAGCGCCAAAGGAUCUCAGACAAGAGUACAAAAAACUGAAACAAAAGGCACCUGGAACCCAAAUGAGUCGGAAGUUAUGGUUCCUUCAAACCCCAAGAAACAGACAACUGAUAGAGUCCAGUUGGUAGAUUCCGGAUCUAUGGUUAAUCCAAGAUCCGAAAGUGGUGAUAAUCACUUUGGUAAAGUCACUUCUCUGAAGGCUUUAUCUCACAGGGAAACACAACAGGAGAUGGGAGACAAUCUGGAACCCCAACCAGUGGAUGAACGAGUUGAUGAUUCCCUGGUGGAAUCUUCCACUCCAGAGACAGAAGAGGAAGACGCUGAGCUAGAUCUUCCUUACGAAGCGACGACUCAUGUUCACUGGGCACAGGGUGUUCCAGGAAGGGGUGAUUCUAUUCGCUGGCUGAGCUCGGAGACCCUGCUACCACAGCUAACUGUUGAAAACCUAAGCAAAUGGUCGAUGUACCACGGAAUGCCUCGGCCAAAAACAGUCCAAGCCCUACAGCCUACCAGAGACCGAUGGGAAGCAGAGGACUCGAGCGAAGACAUGUUACAGAUGUCCAUGAACAAGAAGCAGGUGCGAGGAGCAGAUUGCCCAGAGGCAGAGGAAGUAUCUGACCUGUGCUUCUUGAAGGAUGUCUGCGAAAGUGCCGUCUUGCUUUGCUUGAAGAGGAGGUUCCAUCGCAAUGAAACGUAUACACAUGUUGGACACAUGCUCCUCUCGAUGAACCCGGGGAAAGCCCUGAAUAUACACAGCCCGGAUAUGGCUCAAGUUUAUUGGGAUGGAGAGUCUGUGGAAAAACCCCCUCAUAUCUUUGCAGUUGCGGAGGAUGCCUACAGCCUGUCCCAGACCUCCGACGUUGCCCCCAAUAUCUUGCUCAGCGGCCACAGUGGUUCUGGGAAGAGCGAAGCAGUGAAGCUUAUGGCGCUCUACUUGGUGACCUUGUCUACGAGGCAAGAGGAGAAGAUCUUGCAGCUCGAAGACUUUCUUAAAGUCCUGGAAAGCUUUGGAAAUGCAAAAACUGUUUUUAAUGAUAACUCCACGCGUUUUGGGCAGGUCCUACAGCUGUAUCUCCACAGCGGUGCCGUAGUGGGGGGCAUGGUGUCUCCGUUUCUCCUGGAGAAGUCUCGGGUUGUGUUUCAGGCUCAGGGAGAGAGGGGCUUCCAUGUUUUCUAUGAACUGCUUCGGGGCCUUCCUGCUCAUGAGAAGCAGAGACUGUACCUCCAGGAACCGGAGACCUACUAUUACUUGAAUCAGGGUCGAGCAUGUGACGUCCGGGGGAAGAAUGACAAGCAGGACUUUGUGCUAUUGGGAAAAUGCCUCCGUGCCAUUGGGCUUUCAUUUACAGAGCUGACAGCCAUUUGGGCCGUUCUUAGUGCCAUCUUGCAGCUCGGCAACAUCUGCUUUAGCUCCUGUGAGAAGGAUUCCUUUGGCCUGGCAGCCGCUUUCAGUGCCACUGAGGUCCGAAUAGUGGCCAGCUUGCUGCAGAUCUCCCCUGAAGGACUUCAGAGAGCCAUUACCCAGAGAGUCACUGUGACUUCCUACGAUAGAGUUCUCUCUCCUCUGUCAGUUGAAGCUUCAAUAGAUGUUCGGGACGCCAUCUCCCAGACCCUGUACUCACUACUUUUUAAUUGGCUGCUGGAGAAAGGAAACAGUUGGCUGCAUCCGCAGAAGAUGGACAAGACCUUGGGUAUUGUAGACGUCUGUGGAUUUGAGAACCUUGGGGUUAACAGUCUGGAGCAGCUGUGCAGGAAUUACGCCAAUGAGCACAUACAGCACUACAGCAAACAGAGACUGGUCAUCCAGGAACAGGCAGAAUACGCAAGGGAAGGGCUACGCUGGGUCCCCCUAAACCAGGAGAGCGUGGGCCCCUGCCUGGGGCUUCUUACUGAACCCCCCCAUGGAAUCUUCCAUAUGCUGGAGGAGCAGAGCAGCUUGGCACAGGCCACGGACCACACGUUCCUACAGAAGUGCCACUAUCACCAUGGUAACAGCGGCUGCUACAUCAAACCCAAGCUCCCACUUCCUGUGUUUACCCUCCAGCAUUACGCGGGGCCCGUGACGUACCAGGUCCAUAAUUUCUUGAAUAAGAAUCGGGACAGACUGCCGGCGGCAGCGACAGAAGUGCUGAGCCAAAGCCGCUUGCGGCUCCUUUCAGAACUUUUCACCCAGAGCAGAAGUUCCAACCAGCAGAAAGAGGGCGGGGCUUUGGCCAAAGAGCUGACUCUCACUGGGAGGUUCCAGGCGUCCCUACAGGAGUUGACCAGUUGUUUGGAGAGGGGUCGUACCCUGUUUGUUCGUUGCAUCGCCCCCAACCCUAAACAGCUCCGAGGAAUAUUUGAUGUGGACUUUGUAAGUUCCCAGUUGAGAAACUCUGGGAUUCUAGAGACUGUGCAGCUUAUGAAGGAGGGUUACCCUAUCCGUAUCCCGCUGAAGGACUUUGUGGCCAGAUAUGGCUACCUGGUGAGGAGCAGUGCCUCAUUUGCAAAUGACCAAGAGUGCUGCACGGCUGUUCUGACCAAGGCUGUGGGAGAUGCCUCCAAGCUUUACCAGAUUGGGCUGUCAAAGGUGUUCCUGAAGGAGGAAGGGAAGGAGAUGCUGCAGGGUUACCUGGAUGUGAUAAGGAGACACGCUGCCAUCACCUUGCAGAGAAACCUCCGAGGAUUCCUAAACCGCAAGAACUUCCAAGUCUACAGGAACAAAAUUACCGUCAUCCAGGCCCAUGUGCGGGGUCACCAAGCCAGGAGGCGCUAUAGGCAGCUUAAGCACACACGAGUACAGCUCGGGGCGGUUCUCCUUAUCUCCAAGGUCCAUUCAAAGCAUCUGAAGCUAAAGGAGCCAGGCCAGGACUCCCUGCUCAGCAUGGACCUGACCCGGUUGGCCAUCCCAGCUGAACUUGCCUCUCUUCUGAAAUCUCCUGAAGUACGGUCCCACGCUCAGAGUGCCCGGAUCACCGAGGUCUCCCCUCCGCAGGUUGUGGCCCAGUCUGCCCUGUCUCUUCCCAGCGACAUCAACAACUUCCCAUUCUCCAACUUUAUCCAAUCGUAUUUCAAGGAUCCUACCUUGCCCCCCAUAGGGCAGCCAUUGUCUGACCCUCUGACGCGCGUGUCCCGGAAUGAUAAUGGAGCUGCUCUGGAGCUUUAUAAACUGGCGCUGCGGUUUGUGGGGGACACAUCGAUGCCCUCCUGGCAGCAGAGGAUUGUGGGUAAUUAUAUCGCGGAGCGUUGCCUGCGCCAACCUUCGCUGAAAGACGAGGUGCUGUGCCAAGUAGCGAGCCUGACAAUACAGAACACCAAUGAGGAGCAGUGCCAGCGGGCAUGGCUGCUCCUUAGCAUCCUGCUCAGCUGCCUCACACCCUCCCCCACCCUGGAGAAGCCCCUUCUCAAAUAUGUCUCAGACCAAGGGCCGGAAGGCUACAAAGCCAUGUGCCAGCACAAGAUUCUGCGAGGCGGCUCCCAGGGCCAGAAAACCCUGGAAAACCUGCGUUCCCAUGCCCCCACCCUGAUGGAAUGGACAGCCAGCGAAAGGAGGGGGAAGAUGGUCUUAGAUUUGAACACCUACAAUGAUGACAGAUACACAACAGAAGUUGAUUCUUGGACAACUGGAGAGCAGAUUGCUGGUUGGCUGCUGCAGUCUAGGGGGGUGGGGGAAAUGCCCAGAGGAUGGGCGGUAUCAAUCCUAGAUGGAGAUCAAUAUUUGGAUCUGUCUGGAGGUGACUUCAUACUGGAUGUUAUUGCUGAAGUAGAAGAUGGAGUCCCGCCUAACCCGGAGGCAACAGGCUUUCCGUUUGGAGAUAGCGGUAUUCCAGAGCCCCCUCCUGAUUUCGCUCCUCAGUUCCCAUUUGAGAAUCCAGGUUUCCCGCCUCCUGGGCUGCCACCUGCCCCUCCACCAGCUCCUCCUCCUCCUCCGGCCCCUCCUCCAUUGAACAUGAUGAACAGCUCCAUUCCUCCCGCCCCUCAGCUCCAGGCUCCCUCGAUGCCACAAGGCCUGGGCAGGCAGCAAAGAUUUGAGAACUAUGUGGAUGAGCUGUUCAGUCCGUUAGUGUCUCCCUCUGCGGAUUGGGAUGGACCGGAAUAUCUCAGCAGGCGGAUGAAAGGAGGGGGUGGGAUUGGUCCUAAUCGCCAGGGGGCUUUCUCUGCCGGAGGUUAUGGAGGGAUGGCUCCCAUGCCUUCCUACUCAAUGCCAAUGAUGAAUGGGAUGAUGCAGCCAAUGGGCAAUGCCCCAAUGAUGCCCUCGAUGGCAGGUAUGGCGCCCCAGCCAAUGAUGCCCCAGAUGAUGCCUCAGCAAAUGAUGCCCCAGCCAAUGAUGCCCCAGCAAAUGAUGCCCCAGAUGAUGCCCGCAUCCCAGCCGGUGAUGCCCUCAGUUGAUCCCAGCCAGGUGGCGGCCCAGCAGCAAGCUUUCAUUAACCAGCAGGCCCUGCUUCUGGCCCAGCAGAUGACGCUCCAGGCGACCAUGUUAUCUCAGCAGCAGCAGAAAAAUCUGCAAAAGCAGUCGCGUCCCACGGAUUCUACUCCAAGCCCUCGGGAUCCUUCUCCUGCCCGAGCUGCUAAACCUGUGCCCAAGCCAGCUGCUGCCACUGCACCCCCUCCUGCACCCCCAACCUCUACUGCACCCCCAACCUCUACUGCACCCCCAGCCCCUCCAGCACCUUCUGCAGAUCCUCCACCUGCGCCAGCUGCUCCAACGCCAGCACCAGCAGCCAAACCCAAACCAGAAAACAAACAAACAAAGGUUUUAUGGGAAACCGAAGAUGAUGAUGAGUUGGAAUAUGCUGAACAAAAACAAACAUUCCAACAGAAGAUGCAUUUCUUCCAGCGGAUGGGGAGUCAAGAGAUCAAAAUAAAAUCCCUGAAACCCCCUUCAAAAAUCCUCCUCCCAAACUCAGGGGGGCAGAAUAUCGGUACUGACAGUGACAGCGACGACGAACCGCCAAAAGCGCCCGAACCAGAGCCAAAGCCAAAGCCAAAAACGCCCACUCCAAAGGUCCCGCCUCCUGCCCCCAAGAAGCCCAAUCUGAAAGACAAAGAUCCCAAAGACUCCAAGGAUGAAGAAUCUAAAGAUAAAGUUCCCAAAAAGAAAGAUUCCAAAAAGGGCGCAGUUCUAAAACCUGCCCCAAAGCCAGAACCCAGCCAGCAAAUCAGAGAAAUCAUCAAGAUGUAUCAGAGCCGCCCCCAGCCCGAGCUGAAACCCUACGAGCCAGUCAGGAGACCAGCUCAGAGCUUCCUGAAGAAGAAGGACCCCAAACAGGAGGCUCUGGAGAGACUGCAGCUUGGUGGGAAACUGUAUGAGGAUCCUUCCAAGUCUCCCGUAUACGAGGAGGUGAAUUCCUUCCAGGAUAAGCAGAGAUCCCUAAUGGAUUUGUUUCAACCCAGCUUAAUUCCUCCUCCCCCCGAAAUGCAAGCUCCUGGGCUGGAGCCCCCAAAGAGCGCAGGCCGGUACCUGGAAGGGGACAAUUUGGCCAACUCGUCCCUAUGCAAACACACGGCCAGUGUCUUCUUCUCCUACAGCGAUGUGGGCUGGAGACUGUACGUGCGAAAGGAGAUCUUUUACCCGAAGGAGAAGUUUACCCAUCCGUACUGCCUGAACCUCCUGUGUGAGCAGAUAAUUCGAGACACAUUCUCAGAUUCUGGAUUUCGCCUGACGAAGGAUGAAAGGAGGAAGAUGAGAGACUUUCUGACUGAGUUUCAUGUGGGGGCCGAUGCCAACUCUAUCAGCGAGGAGUCCAUCAAGAAACGCAUUGUGAUCGCUGCGCGGGAUAACUGGGAGAAUUACUUCUCCCGCCUCUUCCCAGUCAGGCUGGAGGACGAUAUAGACCCAUUGCUCCUCGGAGUUUCCCACCGUGGCAUCCGGCUUGUCAAAGAUGUCCAGGCAGCAGGAGUCCAACACAGGCACCUGAAGACCCUGUGCAGUUACAGCUUUGCAGACAUCCUCUCUAUGGAAAUGCCCAGCUCCAGCAGCCUGCGCUUCUGCUUGCGCCACGAGGAGCUUCUGUUGCAUUCGGACAGAGCGCAGUCCCUCAAGGCUUUGAUAGAGAUUUUCGUGCACGAGCUGGUCAAGGAUUCAAACCACGUAGUCGCUCUGCGCAGUUACGUCACCGAUGAUAAAAGCCUUCUCCAAUUCAAAAAGGGUGACAUCAUCAAAGUGCUGCCAAUGGAGGGGCUGCAGCCAGGGUGGCAGUUUGGAUCCAUAGGAGGGCGCUCUGGUCUCUUCCCAUCUCGCAUGGUACAACCAGCGGCAGCCCCAGAUUAUUUCUCAGUGCUGGAACGGAAAGGGGAGACCAGGAAGUCACCACCACCAAAAGUCCUACAGAGGAGCUUGAGCAAGGAGAGUGAAGCAACAAGUAGGGCAUCCAUGAUUUCAAAGGCGCCAUCCUCAGCUCCUCCCAUGCCGAUAGAUGCAUCCCAGUAUACGAUGGUGGAGUUUGCACUGAAAUAUUUCCGGGAGGCACAGACCAUGUUGGGCUGGAAGGGAAUGGCGGCCGAAGGGAAGAAGGCAGUUCAGCUGGUCCAGCACACUAAGGUUCCAAUACAAGAAUCUCUGAUUUACUUUGAAGACAAGGAGCUGAAUGAGCCGGCGGCUAACAAUUUCAUGAGUCUGAUGAGAUUCAUGGGAGACCAACAGUUCAGACAGCAGGAUGAUAUGGGAUGUGCUUUUGAAAUCCUACAGCUAUGCCGGGAGAAACAGGUGCUGAGAGAUGAAAUCUACUGCCAAGUGAUUAAGCAAAUCACAGCGAACCCCAAACAGGAUAGCUGUAAUCGUGGCUGGCGUAUCCUAAGCCUCCUGACGGGAUUCUAUCUGCCAUCCCCCAACUUACUGCCAUGUGUCACCAAGUACCUUCAGGACUGCGUCGGCGACUACCAAGAAGUGUCCCGGCUCUGCCAGGAGCACCUUCGCCGGACCGUGCUGUACCAUGGGCGCAGACAUCUCCCAUCAAAAGCCGAGAUGGACGCUUUGCUGAAUGACCGAGUAUCUCGCCGACUGAUUAUAAAGUUACCCGGAGGAGCUGAGUUCACCACCAAAAUUAAGACCUUCACUGUGGCGGCUGACGUGGUGCCCGAGAUUUGUGAGCAAAUAAACGUCUCUGAGCCUGAGGAGACUGAUGAGUUUGCUCUGUUUGCCAACAAGAACAAAGGUGAAGUGGUACGGCCUCUGCGUGGGGGCGAAUAUAUCCACGACUUCCUGCUGCGGGACAACUCUGUGGACCUGGAAUUCCGCCGAGUGACUUGGAAGGCCACCCUUAGGGGGCGCAGUGAGCUGUAUAUCCAAUUGCACUUCAGUCAGAUGCUCAGUGACUACAUGCAGGGCAAAGCCUUGUUACUGAGCCCAUCCGAUCUUCUGGGGGUGCAGACGGGGAGAGUGGCUGCCAUUCUGCACAGGAUAAAGGGCCUUAGCAGCCCCCCGAGCAAGCAGGAACUUCUGGAUUAUAUUCCCAACUCAGUGCACAACCGCCUGAACCUUCAGGCUGCACAGCAGAGCCUUCUUCAGGAGCUCAGAGAGACCCAGAACAUCUCUGCUCAUCAGGCAAAGAUCCGAUUCUUGGAAACGGUUUCCAUUCUGCCCCUAUUUGAAUACAACGUAUACCAUGUGACGCGAAUAAGUGAACCCGGCAUGACGUCUCCUUGCUUUGUGGCCAUCAAUCACCAGCAUUUACUGGUCUUGGAGAAGAACAGUCAAGAACCAAGCAUGUGUAUCAACCUGCAAGAUAUUCAGAGCAUGCGCACAAUGCGCCCCUUUGACAGCAACACGCUACCGGGAGUGGAAAUUAAUUAUGGUUCGGCCGCAAACCCUCGUACCAUGUGGGUGGAACUCCAGGAGGCAAAAGAGCUGUAUCACACACUGGCCUUGGUCAUAGAAAACAUGGAGACUGCGCCAACAUAG